UAGGAGUUCGUCCUACACAACAUCCGGGCAUUGCGCCGCUUGCGCAGAAUCGGAAUGGCGGAGCUGUGCGAAUGGGCUCCAAAGAACAGCACCACAGUCGUGUAGACAUUUUCCACCAGGGCUAUGUGGUGCCACUGGAGGGUGUUCCCCGGGCAUCCACAUUCCUAGAGGGACAGGACAGGAGACUGGGGUCCUUUUGGAGGCAGCCGGCAAAGAUGGCGACCCAGUCUCAUACAGGUGGUGAGAUGCCCCUUGAACAAUUGCUGGCACUUUAUGGGUACAACCUGUCUGGUCCUGUCCUGAAGCAACAACAGGAACCCAACGAGCUGGCAGCCAGUCUGCCUGAAAUGACACUGGACAAGGUACAGAUAGGUAAAGAUCUCUUUUCAAGAGAGAAGGAUGGGGAUAAAAAACGUCCCUCUGCUGAUGACCUCACACCCUCUGUCAAAUCCCAUGAAUCUGACCUCUUACGAUGUCACCUAAGAGGUGAUGACAAAGACAAUUCAGUCAGCUCCUCAGAAGACGACUCAGAAAAUUCUAUCCACUCCAGUGAUGGCCGCAAGGCCAUCAUGGUGGGCUCCCAGUAUCAGGCUGUAAUUCCUUCUCGUAAUUCAAACACGUGUAAUGAAAGAGCUUAUGGGUACGAGGACCAGUUGUUGUGGACCCCCGAUGUGUUGUCCAGUCCAGCUGUAGAGGAGUUCCUGAUUGAUGUUCAGAGAAGAGGGGGUGACAAUGGAGCUACAAACACUUUAACCACAGGGGACACAGUUAAAGAUAAUGAACAGGCUCUGUAUGAACUAGUGAAAUGCCACUUCAAUGCAGAAGAGGCACUUAGAAGAUUUCGUUUUAAUGUCAAGGUUUUCAGUGAGGAACUCUGUGGCUGGAGUGAGGAUGAGUGUCGUAACUUCGAACUUGGCUACCGUGUCCAUGGGAAAAACUUUAACCUCAUACAAGCCAACAAGGUCCGCACACGCUCAGUAGGUGAGUGUGUAGAGUACUACUACAUGUGGAAGAAAUCAGAACGGCAUGAGUAUUUUACACAGCAGGCCACCAGGCUGGGUCGGAGAAAGUGCAAUAUGCCAUCUGGGAACAUAGAGGAUGCAGAACCCGAUGGAGAUGUUGGUGAGGUGGAAGGUGCCAAUCAAGGUUUGCCAAGUAGAUCCAUUCAGCUCCAACCUGCAGUCAUGAAUCUGGAUAAACAAGAAGCGAGCCUGAAUUGCACGGCUCAGUUUCAGGGUCGGCCUCGACGGAAACGCACACCGCGCUUCCUCUUAAAGCCCUGAGCUUCCUGAAGCCUAAAACUGACAGAUACGCAGGUUCUGAGCAGAACUCUUGGGAGAUGGAACUAUGUGGAGAUUCUCUCUGUAGCCUACAGGUGGAGCAGGUGUUCGGCCAUUUUAUGCCUCCACUGCAAGUUCUUCGGACAUCAGACAAAGAUCGUCUAGGCAUGGCCUCUCUGUCCACCCACCUUGACCUCCCCCUAUUCCCUAGUAGCCACAACGUCCCUUUUUCCCAGCCAAACUCAGGGCUCUUCAAAGCAGGUAUUUACCAGCUACAUCUAGGGUCUUUCCUGAAGAUGCCGGACCUACUUGCAUGGAGUAUGUUGCUUCCAGAAGACCUCAAAUUUACUUUUCCCUACCCGUCACAUCUCUUCGCACCUAUCCAACACCAUAACUCCUCCACACAGUGACUCAUCUGUUCACCAAACAUUCCAGUUAGAAGCAAAUAACUUUAUUGCAAUGAUAAUGACAAGUGUUAUGUACCGACACGUUACUUUGCUGUCUUUUUCUGCACACAAAAGUUGCUAACGAAGUUGUGCCCCGAAGACAAAGAAAAUGGGAAAAAGAGGUUUUUGUUUGUCUACCACAACCUACAAGACUGAAGCACACUUUAUUAAUGUCUUUUAUGGAGAAAAGGACAACUAAGAUCCAUGCCUAAAUAUCUUUCAAUGUUGGCGUUAUGGUGGUCUGAAUUUAGAUCACUGUCUAAACUUUAGAAGCGUGAUUUACUACAUGCUAUGAAAAUGUUUUUUAUUUAAACUACCUUGUAAAGAUGGCAGCCUUCAUACCUAUCCAAGACAUUUUCAACAACUCCUAUACAUUUUUCUUUUCAUGGCAUGUAGUUCUUAAAAAAAUUACCGACGCUAAAACUUUUUUGAUAAUAUUAAUCAACAAAUGAACUACUAACACAUUCGCUUUGUCUGAUCGUUUUCCCAAUACCCUCCAUGGGACGUUAGCUUUCCCAAUGUAGCUCCUCUUUGUGCAAUAAAGAACUCAAGUUCCUCAGGGACUCCGAUCGUUUCCCUCUCGGUCUGGUCCGUCAGUACUUUAGUACUAAGUGUUGAAGAGGGUUUAUGAAUGGUUUAUCAUUAUAUGCCUUGCCAACAAUCCUGAUUUGUCUGUGUUGCGACACUUUUAAAUAACUCCAUGAAGUUUCUCAGGUUUUGCGGACAGUUUGGAAACCUCUCCCUUUGUAAAGGGCCCAGAAUCCUUCACCACCCAGAGAAACUGGCACCAUCAAAUCCAUUUACUGUCACCAACAGGACUGUUAUUCAGGAAAGAGGGCUUCACGUGUCAUCCUCUUUAUCACUUUGAAUAUUCAUAAAUGAUUCAUGUGUGUUGCUUUUAAUCGGCUUUAAAUUUGGUUUUUAGUUUACACGGCUCAGAAGAUACAAAAGGGAGACACACACUGCCUUUGCUUACAUGACUUGUAUUAUGUUUUUUAGCAAUUUAUAUAUUACUGCUCAUGUUGAUUUAUUGUGCUUAUUAUAUUUUGUAAAUAAAAAAAGAUCUCAGCAA